UUUCAACUAGACAUCGAUGAUCAAACAAACCAACAACAUCUGAAAUUCUGAAUUUGUGCAUUUAGAAACAGAAAGGGUAACCCAUCGGGGAAACAGUUACACACAGUACUAGCAGAAGUUCUUGUCUUCUUCUUCUUCCUGAAAAUCUUUGUUCAUCAAUGGCUAUGAAAAGCUCUUCCCCACCAGCAAUAAUUCAGUUUAGUCCAGUCAGAGCUUCUACGAAAAGCAGGGUCUUCAUGCAUCACAACAGUGGGUCUCCAGCCCAGAAACCACGUUCUGUUCAGAUCAUCAAAUACUCCCCAACCAACAAGGUUUUCGAGGAUCAGUCAAGGGGAAUAGUCUGUUAUAGAGACGAUGACAGUGGAGAGAUAAUCUGUGAAGGAUUUGACGAAGGCCCACGUCCUUGUCUGCAGACUCACACACCAGCUUACUACGUAAGACAACUUGGAAUCGUGGAUCUCCUUCUACUACACCAAAACUGUUUUCAAAUAGUCACAGACGUUUGAUGGAUUUCCCUGUGUUGACAAGGUUUUGAGAUAUCCCUUUACAAGAAACAUAAAGAUGGAUGGCUUGUAUAUAUAUAUAUAUUCUGUUCAACCAUGGCAUGGUUUCAUCACUGUUACUGUAGGCUAAAAGAACUCCUUCCCCUUCUAUAUUUCACCAUUUUCUCUUCAAGUCAACCAAAUUAGACAGGUCUCAUGA